AUGCUUGAAAUGUUUGUUACACGAGCGCUUCCUUUACCAAGUGACUUAUUCAUCCAUUAGCAGGCGGAAGACAGUAACGUUGAAUGAAAGCUCACCACCAGCAUGUCUUAUGCUAAACGCAUUACGUCUUUGAAAGGUGUACACAUCGUGUGCGUAAUCAGUUUGAUGAUCCAUUCGUCAAGUCAUGUGAUGAGUGACAACAUCUCUGCGUUAAGAUGUCUAGCAGAAGUCAUAAAAUCAUUCAACAGGAUCCAAUCUUGUAAUUUUAACCUCGACGCAGUUUGCCACCCAAAUGAAAUUUCGUGUAAGAACCAAGCACUAAAGUGUAUCGGAUAUCACACAUUUCGGGAAAUGAAAAUUUCAAUCAGUGUAUGGUCAAACACUUCUCUGAUUAUGAAAAGUCAACGUAAAUCCAGAUUUCCUUGGCCUUCCCGCUGUUUCUGUCACCACAUGGACGUGCAAUGUUCUAUGCAUAAUAGAUCGUUAGAUACUAUUGAUUUGAACUAUUGCUCCACAGAGUCAAAUGAUGACUCCACCAAAUACGGUUACACCAUCGGUGAAAUGGUUGGUUGUUCGAUUGGUGCUAUUUUAGCCAUUUUUCUAGGAAUAUUUGUUAUUCUUAAGUUCCUUCAAUAUAUGAAGUAUAUCAGAAUAUCGAUCGAGAACAAUAUACUUACCGGUACAGACAACAAUACUUCUGAUGAUGUCACGUCGGAUGGGAUAUACAAUGCAGUCGAUCAUAUGAUUCGGGUUUCUCUGCACUCAGACACUGAUAACUAUUCCCAUAUCCACCAAAGGAAUGUGAAGUCCACAGAACAACAUUACGAUCACGUAAUUCUAAUCAACACGGCAGCAGCAGGCAGAAUCGAACGUGCAAAAAUAGAAGAGACACAUAGUCUAUAAAGCCCACCCGAGUCACCUUAUCAAAGUUGUAAUAGCUGUGCAGGAACUGUAGAUCACGGCACCUGAUUAAGAUGAAGGAAAUAAUUCAAAUAUCCAUCACGUGUAUUUCAAGAAUGUAAUGAUUUGAAAACCUACGGUGAACAUGCUCUGACUAAAUGACCAUAGAGGAAACUGAAUCUGCACAGCAAGGUGAUAAUUGCACUUCAUAUUAGGCUAAACGAACAAGUUCUGCUUCUUGAAAUAUUUUUUCAUUGUUAGAAUAUGAAACAACUAUUUUGAUCCUGCCCAGGGCCAAGAUUUCACUCAACUUCAAUAAAAACACCAUACAUGACAUUAGUAUAUAUUCCUUUAUAUGACAUGAAAAUAUAUUUGAUGUACAUAAUUUACAUGCACAUGGCAUGGGUAUAUGUUUCAUUAUACAUAAUAAACACGACAUGAGUAUA